AAAACCGAAUGCAAUCUAUGCAUCGGGAUCUCCUUGCCACGGCGCCCAAAUGCCGCGCACCCACCACCCGCACGUCCUGCCCCGCCGCCGCCGUCUCCUCCCCAUCGCCGCCGCCGCGGCCGCGCUCGUACUCCUCGCGCUCCUCAUCCUCCUACCCGCCGCGCCACCCGGGGCCCCAGCGUCCCUCCUCCGUGCCGCAAUCGCCGCCCACCCGUCGGCCGCCUCGUACGCGCACCCAUGCGCUGACCACCUCUCCCUCUCGCUCCACCGCCUCCGCGCCGCGCUCUCCGCGCUUGAGUCUGGCGACCAACCCGCGGCGCUGCACCUCGCAUCCGCCUCGCUCCAGUGCCAGUAUGACUGCUCCCAUCUCCUAUCCCUCCCCGCCUUCCCCUCCCAAACGCUCACCUCCCGUUUCCUCAAUUCCCUUACCCCGCAAACCCUAAUCGCGAGCCCCAAACUCUCCGCCGCCUCAGCCGCUGCGGCCUUUCCAGCGAUGGUCCGCCCGACUGCCACCGUCUGCAAGCCGAGUCCGGCAGCGAAGCCGUGCGACUACUCUACUGUGCAAGCUGCCGUUAACGCGGCACCGAACAACACUUAUGGGCACUUCGUCAUAGCUGUUGCAGCAGGUGUUUACGAGGAAAACGUCAUAAUUCCGUUCGAAAAGACCAACAUUUUGCUGGUGGGAGAGGGCAUGGGGGCUACCAUCAUCACGGCCUCACGGAGUGUUGGGAUUGAAGGGCUCGGUACUUAUGACACGGCGACGGUGGCUGUUACUGGUGAUGGCUUCCGAGCUAGGGAUAUAACAUUUGAGAAUAGUGCCGGAGCAGGAGCUCAUCAGGCGGUCACAUUCCGGUCAGAUAGCGACCAGUCGGUGCUGGAGAAUGUGGAGUUCCGGGGCCACCAAGAUACACUGUAUGCUCGCACAAUGAGGCAUUUCUACCGACGAUGCCAUAUCACAGGAACUGUGGAUUUUAUAUUUGGGAAUGCCGCAGCUAUGUUUGAGGAAUGUGUGAUUAAGACCGUGCCACGGGCGGAGGGAGCUCGGAAGAGUGCACGCAAUGUGGUGGCAGCAAACGGGAGAAUUGAUCCAGGGCAAACGACAGGGUUUGUGUUUCGAAAUUGCUCCGUGGAUGGGAACAAAGAGUUCAUGUUGCUGUUCCAGGCAAAGCCACAGUCGUAUCAGCUGUAUUUGGGACGUCCAUGGAAGGAGUAUUCAAGGACAGUGUAUGUUAGCUGUUAUUUGGGGAAGGUUGUCAUGCCAGAAGGAUGGCUUCCAUGGCGAGGUGAUUUUGCACUCAGGUCUCUGUAUUACGGGGAGUUUGACAGUCGAGGGCCUGGUGCAAAUUACACAUCAAGGGUUAAGUGGAGCAGUCAAACACCAGACAAGCAUGUUGGAUUCUACUCAGUAGAGAGCUUUAUUCAGGGACAUGUAUGGAUUGCAUACUAACUAUAGGACAGGUCAAAUGUUAUGUUCAGGUUAGUGAUUCUUGUUUAAGCUUCAACAGCUAAAUGCAGAAAAGAAAGAAAGAAUUGUAAGUAAUGCCCACACCCAAGGAUCUAUAGACUGUAGUGGAGUAGUCAACUGCAUUAACUUAGGUUUACUCUUUGUACGUUCAGUUGCCUUUUUGUAACUACAUUAUUGUUUGAUGGAGUCACUACUGAAAAAAAGUUUUGCUGUGCUUCGAACAUAUUACGCAUUUUAAUAGCCUUGCUGUUGUCUUCUUAUUUUUUCUUACUGACAAAACACAUUAAAAUUUUAGCUAACCUUUUAGGAUAAGAAAAGAAUGGUUUCUUCAUACUAGCUCGACAAACCAAUGGAAAAGAAAGAUCAAUAGAUUCUUCUUCCAUCUGGGAUUACUAACAAUCAAACUCCUUCAGUACUUCUUUUGACAGGAAAAAACCUGUUAUUUAUCAUUUAUCAAUAUGUAUUUGGAGUCAGAGAUAUCUGCAAACUUAAGUUAUCUGAUGAUAUAGUAUGUUGUAACAGUAUCAUUCACAAUGAGAUGUUUUCAACUUUUUGACCUGUCAGUUAAGCAUAUUUUAAAUUAAUUUUAUGGUCAGAUAUGAUAGUAUUUAUCAUUCGAAGGGCAGAUGUAGUGAACCGACAAUUCGUAAUAAAAUGGAACCUGUUAUGAAAAGAAUGAAGAAAGUAUAAUUUAGCAAAUCAUUUGAAUUCUGUAAAAAAUUAGAUUGUGCCACAUGAACUUGGAAAGAAAAAAGAAAGAUGCAGUUUGUUAUGUUCAGAAGUCAUUGGGAUCGGCAAUGUAACAAUCUGUUGUCUCUGCAGCACCAGCAAAUUGUACUCCCUCCAAUCCCCAAUAAGUGUCUUGGAUUUAGUACAAAGUUGUACUAACUUUGUACUAAAUAUGCUUAUGGAUAAGCUAUAAGAUGUAGUGGGCUGAUUUUCUUUGACAUGUUUUGGUUCUCUCAGCCUCUUGCAGCACACUUACUGGGAGCAAAAUUUACGCAUAGGGUCAUGGAUGCUCAUUCUCCGGUGCCCAUUACAGAAUUUUGCUUUCUUUGCCUGCACAAUAUCCCAUUUCAAUAGAGCCUUUUGCUCCUCAUCCAGAAGCCAAAACUCCUCAUCCAGAGCCUUUUCCACCAUCUUGAGUGCACUUUAUCACUUGUGAACUCUUGCGAUGCUUCCACAUUCCAGGUGCAUCUUUUCAGUUUUUCCCUCCCAGAAAUGCUUCAAAUAUUUCAUGUGUGAAGGAAGACGAUACCCCCACGAGAAGUUCUCAUUCAGGUAACCUUUGUCUCCUCCGUUAGUCCAUUGUAUGAUAUUUCAUCGAUGUGAUCCAGUAGUAGUUCAAACGUGCGUUAGCAGGACUCAAUGACCACUAAAUUAGAGUUAAAUGUUGUUCCAUUGUUUCCCAUUGUACUAUGUCUGGCAUACUGAACAGCAUAUCCAUGUUCCUUUGGAUGCAAAGGUCAGCCUCUUGAAGAUAACCUUAUCAUAUUAUGUCCGUGUCCAGAGCAUUGCAUUCAUUCUUGUAUAGGUCCUGAUACCAGAUGAUCUCGAUUGUUUUGAUCUUCCAGAUAGCUGCUUCAAGGUCAUUCAGUGGAGGCUACUAAUUGUCCAUCAACAAGGAUGGCCAAGUCCCUGUUAGAUACCGCUAAUUGGUGCAGAAGUUAUGAUUCUAUGAAUGAAGUAUGGCUACAUAUACUUCUGUAGAGACAUCGGUAUGUAGGAUUCCUCUGUUAAGAAAAACACACAUUAAAUGGGUUUGUUCAGAAGUAACCUGCUUAACAAACAAUAUAGACUAAUCUUCAGUAAGCUUUAUGCAUGCUGUUGACCAUCGAUCUAUGAUGCACUAGUUCACUUUGGCUUCAUCUCCAAUUAUUAUGUCAUAUACUGUAUUUAUGUUUGUUAAUUUAUUCCAUCCUUUGAUGAA